AAACCGUCUGGUGGGGUGUGGUUUGGGUCGGUUGAGUGGGGUGGAAGAGGUUAGAAGAUGCGUGCGUGCGUGCGUGCGUGCGUGCGUGCGUGCGUGUGCCGUGUGCCGUGUCGUGUGGUCUUGGUCUUGUAUGGAUGGAUAGGUCGAUGGGUCGAUGGGUGGGGUUUUUGUGUUUCGUACUUAGUAUUUUAUAUUUUAUGCGGUUUAGCUCCUCUUCCUUGCCUCUUUCUUGCAGCUUGCCUCUGGUCUCUAGUCUCUUACUCUAGUAUAGUAGUGGUCUCUUACUGUAUGUAGUAGUAGCGUAUAUAGUAGAUAUAGUAUAGUAAAGAAGUAAGUAAGUAAGCAGUAGCGUACUACAAGGCGCGUUAGGAUGGCGGGGGAAGGGGAAGAGGAAGGGGGUAGUUAGGUUUAGUUUAG